AUAUUAUAGUUCUAUUACGUAAAGACUCCGUAGCCAUCGCCGGUUCACUUCAGGAAGUGCAGCUGAGAGGCGCUGCAAAUGCACAAUGCAGAUGUAAAUGUGAAUUAUGAUGAGCGAUCCACGCGAUGGCGAUAACAGUCCCAGCACGUCGGCAUCCGCCCUCAGACCGGGCUUCCCUUUGGGUCGAAGUCUCCCGGGAAGGACGUCCCUGAACUCCCCUCCUCCCCCCCCAGGCAGACUGAGCUCCUUGCGCUCCAGAGACCUGACCUUGGGCGGGUUUAAAAAGAAAACAUUUGUCCCAAAUGUGCAUUCCAUUAGGAAAACAAAAGAUGAGUUGAAGGAAGAAACUCACACAGCGCCGAAGAAGGAAAAGAGAGAGCGGGAAGAGCGAUCGAAAGAGUACAGAGGAAGGAGGAGAGAAAGACCACAGACUAUUCAGUCACACUCCAUAUUUGAACAAGGUCCUGCUGAUACAUUUAGGAAAAUAGGCAGUUGGGAAAGAACAGAAUUGAGCGAGUCGGGCCUUUCGCCCGUCUUGAAAUGCAUCAAAAAGGAGAAACGCACUUCAGAAGAUGACGAGGACGAGAUUUUACAAAAGCUCCAUCGGGACGAUUUUUUGGAUGACCCAGGUCUGAAAAAUGAUGCAAGGAACAGACCAAUUCAACUUCCACUGUAUAAGUCCAGUGAUUUUUUCAAUGCCAGUGAGCCCACCACCCAUAUUAAAGAAGAAGCAUCGUUUGACUGUACAAGCGUGAAAGCUGCCGGUACAAAGGCACAGAGGCAGCAGCCCCCCACAGCAGCAAAAUGCAGCCCGGCCCCUCAGCAGCCCAGUGUGGCAGAGCUGUUCCAGCGGCUCAGUGUGUGCGAUGAAGAGGCCCUCCUGUUCAUCCAGCUUCCGGACAGCAUGCCCGGCCAGCCCGCGGCAAAUGCCGAGAAGCCCGCGAAGAAAGAGAGCAAGGCAGAGGAUCUGAAACGAGCCGCUCAGGCAAAGGCGCGAGACCCAGUUGGGAAAGAAGGACCCCCGGUUCUAUCGGAUUUCUCCGAGGGACUCGUAGGAAAACUGCAGAUUAGAAAAUCUGGCAAAGUACAGCUGCUCCUUGGGGAGGUCGCCUUGGAUGUUUCGGAAGGGGCGGCAUUUUCCUUUUUGCAGCAACUUGUGUCUGUCCGCUUAUCCGAAGGCCUCACCGGGGAAAUGAGUGUCCUGGGAAACGUGAAGCACAAGUUGGUGUGCUCUCCGGACUUUGAGCUGCUUUUGCAGGACGUCGCGCGCUCCUCUGCCGCAUGCCCAGGGAACGGAUAGGCAUGCAGCGGUGUCACAGUUUGUAGAAGUCAGCAGGUUACCUGUACUAGAUACCUACACAACUAGCCAUUUACAAAAAGUAGCAAAAAAUGUAUUGUGUUUGGGAAUAUUUGUGUGAAAAGCAUUCAGUAGAAAAUAGUUAUUUAUUAAAUCGUUGAAAGACGUGAAAAAUGUGACGUUUUAACCGCAAACACAUACUAAAUGUAUUUACCUACUAAAUUAGUUUUUUUUUUUUUUUUUU